UUUGUUAAGAUCUGUAAAAAUUGGUUAUUUUUUGUAAAUAAAUUGAAUCAAAUAAUAAUGAAACUUGAUUUGAAGUGCAAAACACCUUUGUUAUUGUACACGGACGAAGAGUUUAAAAGCAUCUUGAAAAUCCGUGGUAAAACUUUGGAGCAACUACCAGAAGAUGUUGAUAUUAUCAAGAAAUGGUUGAAGACUCAGCCUCAUUUACCUUUGCUUCCCACAGAUAGACAAAUCGUGUGUUUUCUGGUGAUGAAUAAGUUUUCUAUAGAGAGAACCAAAGAGAAGAUUGAUUGCAAUUACACAAUCAAAGCAUUAAUACCAGAUUUUUUUACAAAACCGCCUUCACAUCCAGAUAUUCAGAAAGCCAUAGGCGUCUUUUCUUACGGAAUAUUGCCAAAAUUGAGCAAGAACUUGAACAGAAUUUACGUGGGACGUCUGGAAAACGCCGAAGAUUUAAACGUAACUAAUACGUACAGUUACUUGUGCAUGCUUUUCGAAAUGAGGACUUACUGCGAUUUCAGCAAUUCAGAUGAGUACAUCUACGAUUUUAGUUAUUUUCCAAUGAGCGCGCUUACAAAGUUCAAUCCUAUGGAUAUCAAACGACUACUUUCAGUUAUUGAAAAAAUUUAUUCAAAUCGUAUGGCUGCAAUCCAUUACAUAAAUUUACCAGCUUACGCUCAAACGUUAAUAAGUUUGAUCAAAUCGUUGCUUAAGCCGAAAAUUCGUGAAAGAUUUCACGUUCAUAACAGUUACGAGUCUUUGCGUGAGUUUUUCGAUGAUGAUCAGAUUCCUCAGGAAUGGGGUGGAAGUGGACAAACAUUUGCUGAACUUAGAGAAAAUAUGCGAAAAUUAUGUUUGGAAUAUGAUGGAUGCAUCAAGGAAACCUACAGCGCUAAAGUGGACGAAUCUCUGAGACCAAACAAAUUGAUCAAUGAUGACGUAUUGGGUUACCAUGGUAACUUUAAGAAACUUCAAGUUGAUUGAUUCAAAUAGCUGAAAUGGU